GGCAGCUCCCGCACCGCACGGCGCAGCAUGAGGCGAGACGCGAACACUGAGGUCCUCGCGAUCCUGUGCCUGGCCGCCCUGGCGGUCAAGGGAGUGGUGGGCAGCCAAGACCUGGAGUACGACGGCCACUCCACGGGCAGCGACGGAGGAGGUGGUCUAGACACCAGCUACGGCCAUGGCUCGGGCGAGGUCCAACACAGUGCAGCUGGAGGAUACGCUGACGGUUACGGACAUGGAGGUGCGCAGUCGAGUGGUUACGGCCAAGGCGACUCGUCGUACGGCGGUUACGAACAAGGUGGUCACGUGUAUGGAGGAUCGUCUAACGGAGGAUACGAACAAGACGGGUCAUCGUAUGGUGGCCACGGAUAUGGGGGUUCAUCAUAUGGAGGGUAUGGACAAGGAGACUUGUCUCACGGUAGCUACGGUGGAUCAUCUUAUGGGGGCUAUGGGGGAUCAUCCUAUGGUGGAUCUUAUGGUGGAUAUGGGCAUGCAUCAUCGUCAUAUGGCGGUGGUGGACACAGCGGACAGUUCAAACCCAGUUAUGGUCCUUACUAUGCCAGCGGGUAUGGCCAUGGUCACUAUGACCUGGGGAAGAUAAUAACCAUUCACCAGAAAGUGAAGAUCCCCAUACUGGUGCCAAAGCCCUACCCCGUGCACAUUCAAGUGGAAAAACACGUGCCUGUCCGUGUGGAUAGGCCAGUGCCAUAUCCAGUGAAGGUUCCUGUUUAUCGGCCUGUGCCGAUUCCAGUGGUGAAGAAAGUGCCCUAUCCCGUCGAGAAACCGGUGCUCGUGCCGGUGAAAAUUCACGUGGACCGCCCCUAUCCCGUUCACGUGCCCGUCGAGAAGAAGGUGUUGUUCCCUGUCAAAGUGAAGGUCCCAGUGCCCCACCAUUACCCAGUGCCAGUGGAAAAACCUUACCCAGUGUUCUAUGAAAAGAAGGUCGCUGUGCCCGCGCCGUACGCAGUCCCAGUGAAGGUGCCCGUGCCGAAGCCGUACCCUGUGCACGUGAAAGUACCUUACCUGGUGCACGUGGACCGUCCGUACCCAGUGCACGUGAAGGUGCCUGUGGAUAGGCCGUACCCGGUUCCGGUACCCAAACCAUACCCAGUAACGGUGGAGAAGCACGUUCCAGUGACCGUGGAGAAGCAUGUGCCCUACCCAGUGAAGGUGCCGGUGGAUCGACCGUACCCAGUGGUCGUACCCAAGCCGUACCCGGUCACCGUGGAGAAGCACAUGCCUUACCCGGUUCAGAAACCAGUACCUUAUCCAGUCGAGAAGCACGUGCCCUAUCCGGUGAAGGUGCUGGUGGACCGGCCGGUUCCCGUGCCGGUGGCCAAGCCGUACCCGGUCACCGUGGAGAAGCACGUGCCGUACCCGGUGGAGAAACCGGUGCCAUACCCGGUCAAGGUGGCGGUUGAGAGGCCUGUGCCGUACCCGGUGGAGAAGCCAGUGCCAUACCCGGUGCAGGUGCACGUGCCGGUACCCGUCGAGUCCUCGCACGGGCACCACGGGUACCACGAGUCCCACAGCGGGCAGUCCCACCACUACCUUCACCAGAGACAGCAGCGGACCGAUGGCGAGGCUGACGAGUGAGUGGGUCCAUGAUGCGGGACAGAUCAGUGGUCACCUUAAGAAGUACGACCGUCAGCUACUUCUAGUGCGUGCUGCUUCGAUCAAAUAACUUUUAUAUGCGAUGCAUCAGAUGUUGUGCUGUGAUUAUAGUUGAAAUUAAGGCAAAAAACAUUCUAAAGAUUGUUCAAAGUUAAUUUUUAAUGUAUUUAUUUUUAUUAAAAGCUUACCUAGUUUAAAUUAAUGCACCAAAAUAUGUACAUAGCCUACAUACUCAGUUUUCUGUAGAGAAUAUAUUUAAUUGUUUGUAUAAAGGAAAAAUUUUGUCUAGCAAAAUAAAAUGCUUCGAAAUAAAAAAAAA